AUAUUCUACCAAACUCCAUUUCCAUACUUUCGAGGAGGAAGAACCGAACGACAACCUGCCGCCGCAACAAUGAAGUACAACCCGCGUGUCUCCUCCUCUCGCCGCAAGAGCCGAAAGGCCCAUUUCACAGCACCUUCUUCCGUCCGCCGCGUCUUAAUGAGCGCACCCCUCUCAUCCGAUCUGAAGUCCAAGUACAACGUCCGGUCUAUGCCGGUGCGCAAGGAUGACGAGGUCCAAGUGAUUCGUGGGACCUACAAGGGACGGGAAGGGAAAGUGGUUCAAGUGUACCGCCGCAAAUGGGUGAUCCACAUCGAGCGCAUCACGCGCGAGAAAGUGAACGGUUCCACCGUCAACGUUGGGAUCAACCCAUCCAAGGUUGUCAUCACCAAGCUGAGGCUGGACAAGGAUAGGAAGUCUUUGCUGGAUCGUAAGGCUAAGGGACGCGUCGCUGCUGAUAAAGAUAAGGGGACUAAGUUUUCAGCUGAGGAUAUAAUGCAGAGCGUCGAUUAAGGUUGUCUUUUUUCUUUUCGUUUCUUUUUUUUUUUCCCUUCUCAAUCACGUGUUUUGCAACUGUUGAAGUUUUAGUUUUAUGGAGUUUUUGUCUUGUUUUGUUUUUAUGUUAUAAAUGAGUAAUACAAGGAAGAAUGUGGGAUUUGGUAGGCUUGAUAA